ACUUGUGUGCUGCAGCCGUGUCACCGAAGUGAAAGAGGAAGGAAGAGUUCUCUGUGCUCCGUGCAAGGAGGAACACUGCGAGUUUUGUAACACAAGGCUUUUUUUUUUCUAGAACUUGCUCUGUUUUGCUGGACGCGAAGAAAUGGCGAGGCUGAGCGAGCACGGGAUCCGCCUCAGCUCGAUGAGCCCAUCUUACCUGGACAGCAACUCCACCAGUCACACGUGGCCCUUCAGUGCCGUCGCAGAGUUAAUAGAUAACGCGUCUGAUCCAGGGGUCACAGCCAAACAGAUCUGGAUCGACGUGGUCACUGUAAAAGAGGAGUUGUGUCUUAGCUUUACUGAUAAUGGCAGUGGAAUGACACCAAGUAAACUGCACAAAAUGCUUAGUUUUGGUUUCACAGAGAAAGGAUCUGGUAAAGGAAGUCACCAGGCCAUAGGGAUCUACGGAAACGGUUUCAAAUCUGGAUCAAUGCGAUUAGGCCGCGAUGCUCUGAUCUUCACGAAGAACGGUGGAUGUCAGAGUGUCGGCAUGCUGUCUCAGACUUUCCUGCAGGCCAUUAAAGCUCAAGCUGUCAUUGUACCUAUAGCACCAUUUAACCAACAGACUAAGUCAUUGGUAAUAACGGAGGAUUCAGAGGCCAGUCUGAAAGCCAUCCUCACACACUCUCUCUUCAAGUCAGAGUCCGAACUACAGGAACAGCUCAACUCAAUCCCAGGCAAAAAGGGCACCAAGAUUCUCAUCUGGAACAUUCGGAGGAAUAAAGAUAUGAAGCCUGAGUUUGACUUUGAAGCUGAUGAGGAGGACAUCCGCCUGCCAGAGAUCCGCUCGGAGGAGAUGGAGGGGAAAGGGAAGAGGCGUUCCUACGGACUUCACAGAACUGACAAUAUCAUCCCUGAGAUGGACUACUCUCUCAGAGCAUAUCUCAGCAUUCUGUACCUGAAACCCAGGAUUCAGAUCAUCCUCAGACAGAAGAAAGUUCAGACCAAACUAGUGGCAAAGAGUCUGUCUAUGAUUGAAAACGAUGUUUACAAACCACAAUUCACAAAUGAACGAGUGAAGAUUACCUUUGGCUUUAACCAUAAAAACAAAGAUCAUUGCGGCAUCAUGAUGUACCACAACAACAGGCUCAUCAAGUCUUAUGAGAAAGUUGGCUGCCAGAUCAAGUCAUCUGGUCUGAGGACAGGAGUGGGUGUUAUAGGCGUAAUCGAAUGUAACUUUCUAAAACCAGCUCACAACAAGCAGGACUUUGAAUACACCAAAGAAUACAGACUCACUCUGGCAGCCCUGGGCAUCAAACUCAACGACUACUGGCGAGAAAAAAAGGAAAAGAAAGCAAAAGAGAGAGCAUUCCGAGCUCUGGAAAGAAAAAGCAUAGAUGAAAAUAAAGAGGAAAUCGAUGAGAGUGAGGAGGAGGAGGAGGAGGAGGACGACGACGAAGAGGAGGACGAGGAGGAUGAGAAGGAUAAAGAAGAAGAGGAAGUUGUGGAUGUGUCAUGGAUUCAGUGUGAGGACUGUAUGAAAUGGAGGGGUAUUGCCACUCACCUGUUCAAAAACAACAUCCCUGAGCACUUCACCUGCAGCCAGCACCCUAUUGGUCGCCUGAGGAGCUGCUUAGUGCCUGAGGAACCCGAGGAGGCGGAGGAUGAGCUGACACCUAGCUAUGCAAAAACACACAAAAAACAGGAAGUUUGGUCCAGACGGAGGGGAAAACCUGUGGAGAGUGAUAAAGGCCCAACGCCUCCUGAGUGUAAAGAUGCACCUGAACCCACCUCAGAAACCACACCGGAUGAAACUGUUAUCACCGUGGAGACAGACAAUGAGAGCAAAGACGAUGAAUCGACACCACCAUCCUCACAAUCCCAUCGCAACAAACGAAAAGCAACAUGGAAGAACAAUGAACCGAGAAGCAAAUCACCAAAAUGCACUGACUCUGAAAAAGAAAUUUCAACAACUACAGCAGAAUCAGAGGAACAGGUGGUGGACAAAACUCUGGAAAUUGUGGAGAUGAAUAGCAAAAAUAAUCAGACUGUUAGCAACUGUAAGGAAGAGGGUAAAAGCCCUACAGUGUCUCCUGACACAGAAAGCGCUGCUAUCCCAAGUUCAUCAGAGCACCAAGUGGCACAAGUUACACAGAGUAAAGAUCAGACAAAGCAUGGCGCUGGCCCCCCAGGCUGGCCUCACCCGAUCACGCCCCAUCAGUCCAUGGCAUGGUCUCACCCUCUUCCACCUGCUCAGACAGUGGUGGUUCCUCCUCUUAGCCGUACCAGCAGGCAGUCUCGCCCUCUGCUCCGGUUGGAAAGUCCAGAUCGGUCUGUCCUCACGAGCAGACUGGACCAACUAGAGCGGGAAGCCAAACGCCUUAGGAGGAUCCUUGGGUUACGAGAAGCGGUUGUUCAAAUGAGUCCGUUAUCAGAUGGGGAGGUAUCAGGGUCAGCGGAGUCUAUACAGGAUGAAAGCACAGAAUCAGGUGUAGAAACUGUGGCAACAGCUUCUCUAGUUUCCAAGAAAUCAGGACCACAGUCAGAUACGCAAAAUGUUUUAAAGAAGAACACCAGUCCUGUCAGACAGCAGGACGCUCCAGUGACCCCUGCAGACGACCUGCACUGGAGUAAGACAUUGGCUAAAUUGCAAAGCCAAAACCAAGCUUUAAGCACAGAGCUGAAUAAAGUGAAGAAGGAAUAUGAUGAACUCCAGAGCAAAUUGAGACAAGGAGAGAAAGAGACAAGGGACAAGAGAGAGCAAAGUACCAAUACACCCUCCAACAUUCACGACAGUAUUGCAGUGGACCGAUUACGUUCUAUCCGGCGAAACAUCGUGUCCCUUCUCUCAUCCAUCCUGCCCAAUUUGGAUAUGCAGGGUAUCAGCUAUGAAACCGGAGACGUUGACAGCAUCUUGCAGCAGAUCAUCCAGGCCAACAACCUCUGAUAAAUAAGCUCUAGGACAAACAUACAGUCCAACAAGAACUGAUUUCAUUGCAGCGUUCAGAAAGCAAGCUUAUAGUCAAAGAAAACCCUGAUCUUGUUGUUGUGCUUCUAGCUCAGCUUUACAAAGAGUCACCUAAGUACAUAUAACAAAGCUUUUAUAGAGCAUAAUCAAGCACCAGUUUCUGUUACAAAGCCAUUGUAUGUAGACUUCUUCCUUUACAAGCAUUAUUUCUAUACCAUACGGCACAGAUGUUAUAAUAAUCAUUUGUCAAGUUUAGCAUUUCGAAUGUUUGUUCAAGGAUUUCUUCUUAACAGUGUGACAGCUUUAAACAGCAAACAUGUGAGGCAGAAGAUACAAUAACAGUAACUGUCAGGAAUAAUGCAUAAGAUCAGGGUAAACUGUUGAUUUUUGGUUCUUUUAAUAAUGUUGCAAAAUUUAUUAUGAAAGUAAGUAAUGUUGAAAAGACAGUUUGUUUGUCUUUUACGUUUAGUUGUGUGUUGAACGUUUUACUCAGCCCUCUGGCUUACAGUACAGUAUGUACUGUGCCGAGAAACCUGUUUUUGUGCUCAAUAAGUGCCUGUUUUACUAUAGCUGUAUCAAUGGCUACUGUUCAUACAUUUUCUCAGCAAUAAAGUUUGCCUUCUUUUU